AUGGUGGAGAUGCUCUCUGCUCGUCCGCCUACACCCCCAAGGACAACCUCACGCAUCGUGAUUGAGAACGCCGAUUCACCAAUAGCCAUACAAACACCCAAGGAGUCAUCGAUCUCUGCACUGGGAUCGGUGGGAGCCGGCUCAUCCAGCCGCAGUUCGAAGAAAGUGAACUUCUCGCCAUGGCCCAAGUACAUCAAACCGCCAACCUUUGCUAGUGCUAUGAAAUCGGCCCCCGACUUCAAGAUCUCUCCUUCCACGUACUCCAAGCCUACAAAGUCGAUACUGAAAGCAACUCAGUCACCGAUCCCCGUUUGGUCACCCAAUGUCGAUACAUUCACCAGCGAAUCGCUUGCCAUGCUGCUCGAAUCGGUCAUCCAACAACUGGCAGGCGAGUCAAUGAGCUCCCGACUCGAUGCCUACAUGCAAUUCUUUGGUGCGCUACGAACGUAUGAUGGGCUUCCUGCGGGUCAGAAGAUUGCUGAAAAAUUGAAUCUUAUCACCGAGUUCAUCCAGCGAGAUGUGAAUCGGGAUCUUACGAACAGCGGCCCUCUCGAUACGAACCUUGCCAAUCAGGCUCUCAAACUAUCAGCUGCGUUCGUUUGGCACCCCGAAAUUUCGACACAGCUUUCGGAGGAAUUCAAAAUCUUUCUGGUCGACCACUCCAUCACUUGCCUCCAUGAGGCCAAGGCCCCAAAAUCCGUCUUGACGCACUACAUGUCUAUAUUGUCUACUCAAAACUUCGGUCCCAAGAUUAUGACCGGCUCACGUGUAGCGCGUCUUUUGACAGUACUGCAAGAAAUAACCAAGAAUAUCAGUGGCAACGCAAUUGUUUCCCAUCGAUUGAACAUCUACCAACGGCUGCUGGGCCAAGCCAAGUCCGCCUUCAUCUCCCACGCAAACUUAUGGAUGGAACACUUGAUAUUCGGGCUGCUUCACCAUCUGAAGGAUACCAGGUCAAAAGCGAUUGCACUUGGCUUCCAGGUUGCCGCAGAAGCAGGUCCGAAUCCUAUACUGUCGAAAAACAUCCGAGAUCUCUUCGACCGGCCACUAGAGCACGACCGGAAGCUUGUAACAGAGGUUCGUGAGCGCAUGGCUCGGAUGAUGCCGACGGUGGAUAGCGGUGAACAUGUUCCUCAGAUUUGGAGCAUCAUCAUCCUUCUUCUCCGGUGCAAAAGGUGGAAUCUGGAGCAAUGGGAUCAUUUUAAGGAAUGGGUUUUGGUACUCCAAAAAUGCUUCAAUUGCAGCGAGCCUGUGAUUAAGGCGCAGGCUAUUGUUGGCUGGAAUAGAUUUGUUUAUGCUAUCAGCCCUAACGAAUCGACGAGCCGGUCUCUCCUCAAGAUGCUAGGCAAACCAGUAUUCUCUCAAUUCGACCGCAAGAAGACCGACAAGUCCGGAGCACCGCCCACUCAACUUGCUCUAACCAGCUACUAUAAUCUGCUAUACUACACUUUCCGUCCUUCGGCUUCUUAUCAGCAUCUGGAUAUCAUUUGGGAGGAAUACGUGGCCGUUCCCUCUUCGAGCAUCUUCUCAUCAGUCCCCGUUCUCAGCGACUGUCUUUCUCGCAUAUUGACAAACCUGUUAUGGAGCACGCAGGCUAAAAUUUGGACAGAGAAUCGAAUCAAUGACAGUACCAGAUUGGAAGUAGAGGAACUUCCUGCAGCCGACAGCAGAUGGGUUCGAUCACGAAUUACCUCAAUUCUGAAGGUUUUCGAGCGUAUGUUCAAAGCCUCCAUUUGGAUUGAUGACGCAAUUGGCCAAUCUCACGUGGCAUUGGCCUGGAGCAGUCUGUCCAGUUCUCUGUCGCUCGCAUCCAGCAAAGAAAUCACCCCCUCAGGGGAGUCGAUGCAAGCUGUUGCUAGCGUUUGGGGUCUACUGCACCGUCUUUGGACUGCAGGGCCGCUCUCGCUGAAUGCCGACACCGCGGAUAUUUUCUUCGAAAGAUUCAGAUUCUUGUCUACAACAAUGAUCGUCUCUAUUGGGGAGAUUCCGUUUACCGAAAAGUUUCUCCUGAGGAACGCGGACGAAACCGAUACCACUCCCACACAUCCACACCCAAAUACGACUCCAGAAAAUGCUAUUCUUCAUCUUCUUCGAAUAAUCAGUAGCGCUGCAGGGGAAAUAGCGCCGAGCCAAUCUUACACACAUCUUGUCCUAGGUAACAUUGAAGCAGCCUGCAAUGGCAGAUUCUCCCGUGGAUCUCGUUUGGAACUUCUCCAACAGUGUGCAGAAUUGAGCACCACGAAGACCAGUGCUAUUCCUCGUGCCAAUCUUCUAUCGGAGGUGGUCUGGAAUGCUACUGCCCAGGCGGCUGCGAAUGCUUUGCAAUCGUUCCCCAUGGAGUCCGCUCGUGGGCGCGAUGGCUCUGUAUCCCGUGACUACGAAAAUGUUAUCAAGAUUCUCUCGUUCGGUCUUUCAUUCCCAUUGGCCUUUCAAGAGUGGUCUCAUUUGCUUGAAACUUUUGUUCGUGUGGUUCGAACAGAAAAAGGGAACCAAGCGGUUGCCACCAUCAUUGUGGAACCCACGGCCGAGCGCCUCAUGCAUCUUUCUGCUGAAGAUACUUACCUACCCUCAACUUCACUGCUUAGCCAUUCCUUGUCUAUCCCUUUCAUGCAAGGAACCGGGCUAGGGAUUGAUCGCAGCGAAAUCGCAGCUGGCCAUACUAUCUUUCCUCAUAAACUUCUGGAGUCAAUUUCCCGAACAUUGUAUGGUGCAUACGAAAAUUUCAGCGCAUCAAAAUCCCAAGGUCUUGCCGAGUUUAUUGAGGCAUUAACUUCUUUUCUGGGGACCGGUGUUCCGCAGUUCCAAUGCCAAACCCUUCAAUCUCUUCAGCCAUCACUUAGUCUUUGGUUAAGGGACAAAUCUUGCAAGGUCCACGUUAACUGCGGUGUUGACAGCAGAAUUCUGACAUCGUGCCGUGCGCUCUCGUCGGCUACUAUCAAUACUCUGCAAACAUCAGUUUCCCAUGAUCUACCAUCUUUGAAGUGCUUUGAGCCUAUUAUUUGCGCCGGCUUGGAGUCUUCGCACAUCUCGACAGCCAGGAGAUACCUUGAACUUUGGGACUUGACCUUUGGUUCACAGACUUUUGUUACUCCAGUCACCAUUUUGGAAGCUGUACAAGCUGCCGAGUCUAGGGUCCAGGCCGCAACCUUGCCACUGCAAAACGGUGACCAGGAUACUGAGAUGCUACCUCCCCCUCCUCCACAAGGCAAGAUAGAUCGAUCAUUACAUCAACCCUCCCAGGACACUCAGCUUUCGUCCCCCGUUAUCCGGGCCGACGCCUCCUCCGUGGUCCUUAACCCAACUGACCAGUUCUGUGAACCCCACUUGCCUAUUAACCUUCCGCAGCCCACGGAUGCGCAAAUUGUUGAUGGCAUCUCGGCUUCACACAAGCGCAAAAGUCACCGUGAGAUGUUUUCGAUGAUUGAGUCCCUUCAAUCUUCAUCACCAGCCAGUACUCCACGGGAAUUGGGAUUCGAUACUCCUCCCAAUCUGCACAAAAUACAUGCAGGGUCACUGACCGAACUUCCUCUAACGCCCACUCUCGCCCCUACUGAGAAUGAAGAAGGAUUCAUCGGCUCGUCUCCGACACCUGGAACCAGAGACCCGACACCUGCCAUGACCUCCGACGCUCUAAGGUCGAGCCACGUGUUUACAGAUUCGGGGAUAGAUCCUCCAUCAUCCCCUCCCGAGGUGCACUCUCGAAGCCCAAGCCCCCGAAAGGGUCGCUCAAAAAGGGCGCGGCGGAGGGCUGCAAAAGCAAGAAAGGCUCUUGCUGACACUUCCGGAAAACAGUCCACAGUCAACAGCCCUGCUACUUCUCGUCUUGCGACAGAGAGCAUAGACACACCUACGAGUGAUGUCCAUGACUAUGAUAACGAAAAUGCAGACGCUACACCUCGACCAGAUGAAGUAACUUCCAGUCGGCGACUUCGAUCUUCGCUGGGUAAAGACUCAGAUACAGCAGAGCCUUCUACAGAGCUAUUGGUUGACAAUGAUAAAACUCCUGUCCAACAACCUGCUCCCAGGAGUAAAUCAAGCUCGAGCUCUAAGAAGAAACGAAAGCAAACUCAGUCUAAGCCUGCGGACAAUCAACCCCAGCAAACCGAGGACAUGCUCCCCGAAAGUUUUCCGGAUAGUUUCAUGGACUCGAGCGAGGAGACAGAUACACAAAUAGCAUCACAGCUUGGACAGGACUUGGAGCUAGCAGUGGACAUGGACGAUAGGACUCACCCGGAGCGAGCAAUGUCUCCCAAUGAGCAACCCACCAGGAAGAGAAAGCGGGAUCAAGAGGAACUUUCUUCAUCUGCGAAAACCGACAGGCGCCGGUCAACACGGCUGUCCACCUUCAAAGAAGUCGAGUCACUACAGCCUGACGUCUCGCCUUCACAGUCUGCCAUUUCUCGGUCCGUCUCUGCAUCCAAAUCAUUGUCGCCAACUGCGACUCGCCGAUCUACCCGCAGUUCACAACGCAAAGAGGCCGGUAACGCCUUAACGGACUCAAUCCCUCCAACCCAAGACUCGGUGGCACAAGAACCAACACAAGAUGCUGAGACUCCUCGGCCAUCCAAACGGCCUCGCAAGUCCAUUCGUCUCGAGGACAAGUCUGUUGUCAAAAGCAGUGGCCAAAGUGUCCCUCUAGAUACCCACUCCCGCAAAACCCGGUCUCAGCAACAUGCAUUUGAUGCGGCUCAACCUCAGGUUUCAAGCAUCCCAUCAGAGGAACAUGGCGAUACUGACCACUUGCCACCUCAUGUUGGCCUUGAUACAGCCCCGGCGAGCAUGGUUACAGAAGAUCAAGCAGGAAAGAACAUCUCUCUUAUUUCUACCGAAGAGGCAACUGCCACUCAAGUCUCUGAAAUGGAGCAGUCUACUGAGCCUUCGGUGAAACCUGCCAUCGAGACUGAUAUCGACAUGGAUGCAGCACAACAAUCCAAUGGAAUGGUCGACCAACCUAAAAUUUUUGUCGCCGCGGGUACCCAAACCCAAGAAACACCCCCCGAUCCCAAAUCAGACAUCAGCGAACAAGACAUCGCCCAAUCCCUAAAGAAUUUGCUGGGUCAAAUGAAAACAACGACCUUGUCCCCGAGCACCUUCCGCGAGGUCGAUGAUCUUCUCUUCAAUCUCCGUUGUGAAGCACAAAAUGCAUCAACGCGACACAAUACUUAG